AAAAAAAUAACAAAACAAGGAAGUGUAACAAAAGUGCAAGCAGGGGAUACAUUGUAUCUGCGCAGCUAAACAUAUAAAAGCAGCAGGGAUCGGUCGUCUCUCCGGCUGCUGGAUCCGGUUGCAGAUUGAAGAAUGGGGUUUGCCGAAGAACAAUUCUUGAAAUAUCUGCGGAAAAACAUAUCAGACUUGGAAAAUUUAGAGUUGGUUGAGAUGUUGAUGUAUCUGCCUUGUCUGACCACCGCUACGCAGGAAAGAUUAAGGCAACAAGUAAUGUUGAAUGGCAAUCAGAACACUGUGUGGAAUUUUAUUAAUGACCUGAGAAAGAGGAGUAACUGGGUGGAAGAAUUCAUAGAGGCUCUCAGGAAGUGCGACCAUGGAACACUUGCACAAAGAUAUCAAGAAGAAUAUUCUCGAUUCCUCCUCCCAAGAUCUCCACAGGCACCUCAGGUUUCUCAACCAGCAAACCAUCAACCACCAGUAAGUCCUGCCAAUUAUCACCAACAGCCCCAUCUUGACCCUCGGAAUUCACCAAACACAUCAAACAUACAACCCGAGUCCAACCGUUCGCCACCAUCGUAUUCAGAGGUUUUAAAGUCUAAUAUUCGUGUCCAGACAUCAACUUUGUCUCAAGAGCUUCCAAGAUCCUUUCUUCAGACACAACCUGGACUCCAUCACCCCUUCCCAUCACUGGAGCCCAGUGGUCAACCCAUGUCUCCCGAAGAUGUAGUACAAGUUGAGAUCUACGAUGAAGCAAAGCUUCCAAUCCCUGAAACCUCUCCCGCACAGAGUACAAGCCAGAAGAACGUCAGUAAUUCAUCAAAUGAGGUGUCGGAGGAGCUACAUCAAAACUCCAAUGAUCACAGAGACAAUGUCCUGGCUUCAGGACAAAUAUCGCUUAACCCAAUGACUUACCAUGAGGGUAGCACUACAAUGACACGGCCAUCAACUUCCCGGGACGGUCAUCAUGAUAACAGCACAUCUCAAGCUCAGCAACCAAAAAUCCAACAAGCCAAUAACCCGAUCACUCACCUUGGACUCCCCAUGCCACCAGCUCAUACCCUUAUGACUUCUUCAGAAUCUAGUCUUACCAGUACCCAGCCAACCCCUAGAGAAAUGACUACCACCUUCCCACCAGCACCACCUCUAAUCACUCACUACAAAAGCAAGGGAAGUUCUCCGCCAUUACUGACACACAUCACGCAACCUCAUCAAAGCCACACCAGCAACCAAUCACCACCUAACCAGACCACUCACACUAACCACAAACCAGAUGUUACCCAGCUUCCUCCCACCCAGACCACUUUUCCUAACCAAAAACAUACUGGCACUCCUCCAUCAACCACCCAGACUACUCACCCUAAGCAAAGCCAUGCCAUCGUUCAACCAUCAACUACCCACUUAAAUUACCUGGACCCCAAGCAGACCAGCACUUCAUCAACUGCACAGAUAAUUCACACUGACCCAAAGCAGACCAGCACUCAACCAUCAACUGCACAGAUAAUUCACACUGACCCCAAGGAGACCGGCACUCAACCAUCAACUGCACAGAUAAUUCACAAUGACCCCAAGCAGGCCAGCACUCAACCAUCAACUGCACAAAUAAUUCACGCUGUCCCCAAGCAGACCGGGACUCAACCAUCAACUGCACAGAUAAUUCACACUGACCCCAAGGAGACCGGCACUCAACCAUCAACUGCACAGAUAAUUCACACUGACCCCAAGCAGACCGGCACUCAACCAUCAACUGCACAAAUAAUUCACACUGACCCCAAGCAGACCGGCACUCAACCAUCAACUGCACAAAUAAUUCACACUGACCCCAAGCAGACCGGCACUCAACCAUCAACUGCACAGAUAAUUCACGCUGACCCCAAGCAGACCGGGACUCAACCAUCAACUGCACAGAUAAUUCACACUGACCCCAAGGAGACCGGCACUCAACCAUCAACUGCACAGAUAAUUCACACUGACCCCAAGGAGACCGGCACUCAACCAUCAUCUAACCAGAAAACUCACCUUGAGCCUAGCCAGGCCAGCACUCAGCUGCCACCUGAACUGAAUAUUCACGGUGAGAACAGCCGAGCAGCUACCCAGCCACAACCCUCCCCGUCGGCUUAUCCACGCAACAGCCUUAACAACGCUACCAGAGAAAGCAACAUUUUAAGGGUCGGCCCCCAAGGAACUCGCGUUGCUGUGAUCGCCUCGGUGCGACCGAUGCAAGGCAACGAAAGCGAAGAUGAGAACGAUCUAUCCAAGCCGGGGGUCCUGCGCUCGACCGUGGAUAACGUGCGCCUUGAAGCAGAUGAUCCCGACGGCCUAUCGCUAGUAAACGAUUCCUUGAAGAUAAGCGAGUCCAUGGUCCCCGGUGAGAACCGACCUUUGAAUUCUAAUGUUGACAGGAGAACGGGAGAACUUUCGUCGCCGCGUGGCCCCGGGCAUAAAGAUGGGUCGCAGGCGGUGAACGCCGCGGUUGUGGAUGAUCCAGAUGGUGCACGUCCAGAAGACGCCGAAUUACUGUUUAAUAAUUCACCGGGUCAUAGAACGGAAUACGCCGGACCCCUGGGCCCUUAUGGGUCACAACAACCUGAAGAGUCCAGUUUCUAUGACACCAGGAGUAUCACUGUGAACAUCCGCGAGGAGCCCACCGUUGAUCUGACGUCGGGGAAUCUUAUACCGCGUCGCCGGCACUCGGGUGGUCAGCUCGUCGAGGAAAACCGUGCCGACAGCGAGACCUGGAAGAGUACCAAAGCGCGGAAGGAAAAUAAUAAUAAUAAUAAUAAUAAUAACCUGCUACUCACCGGCCUUCUCGCCGCCGUUAUUUCUGCCGCGCUGAUUGUAUUAUGGAGAAAAAGGAAUUCGGUGUGAUCCAAAAACAUUAUUUGUUUAAAGAAAACACACAUUUAUAUAUAUAUUCCACCGAAAAACACGAUUCUCUCACCGUUACAUGGAAAUAUAAGUAAGUUGGACGGCAAAAAAUAAAUGUUAAUUUUCCACUGA